CGACGCUAGCGUGAGUGCGUGACGCUCGUCGGUCGUUCGGCCGGCCGGCCCAGUUCGCACGUGGCUCCUACGGAAGCGCUGCUCUCCGCUCGGCCACCCGAGGGUCCGCAGUCGACAUGAAGAGGCCGAAGUUAAAGAAAGCAAGUAAACGCAUGACCUGUCACAAGCGGUAUAAAAUCCAGAAAAAGGUUCGAGAGCACCAUCGAAAACUGAGGAAGGAGGCUAAAAAACGGGGUCACAAGCGUAGGAAAGACCCAGGAGUUCCGAAUAGUGCUCCGUUUAAAGAGGCUCUUCUUCGGGAAGCUGAGCUAAGGAAACAGCAGCUUGAAGAACUAAAACAGCAGCAGAAACUUGAUAGGCAGAAAGAAAAAGAAAAGAAAAGAAAACUUGAAAUUCAGCCUGUGGAUGAGCAGUCUAAUGUGGAGCCUGAGGAGGAAGUUGGAGAGCGCAGCAGUAAGAAAGCCAAGUUAAGCAAGCAGAAUCCAAAGAAAACACAUUGUCAGGAGCUUAAAAAGGUGAUUGAGGCCUCAGAUGUUGUGCUGGAGGUUUUGGAUGCCAGAGAUCCUCUUGGUUGCAGAUGUCCUCAGGUAGAAGAGGCUAUUGUCCAGAGUGGACUUAAGAAGCUGGUACUUGUAUUGAAUAAGUCAGAUCUGGUACCAAAAGAGAAUUUGGAGAAUUGGCUAAAUUAUUUGAAUAAAGAAUUGCCAGCAGUGGUGUUUAAAGCCUCCACACAUCUAAGAGACAAAGGGAAGAUGACCAAGGUAAGGAAGAAGAAAGCUGUACCAUUCAAAGGCAAAUUCUGCUUUGGCAAAGAAGCCCUUUGGAAACUCCUUGAAGGUUUUCAGGAGACCUGUGGAAAAGCUAUUCAAGUUGGAGUGAUUGGUUUCCCAAAUGUGGGGAAAAGCAGCAUCAUUAAUAGCUUGAAACAGGAGCGGAUAUGUAGUGUUGGUGUACCCAUGGGACUUACAAGGACCAUGCAGGUUGUCCCCUUGGACAAGCAGAUCACAGUCCUUGAUAGCCCAGGGAUCAUCAUCUCACCACAGAACUCUGCUGCUGCACUUGCUCUGCGGAGCCCAGCCAGCAUUGAAGUACUCAAGCCAGUGGAGGCUGCUAGUGCCAUCCUGUCCCAGGCUGAUAAGCGACAGGUGGUACUAAAAUACAAUGUCCCAGAAUAUAAGAAUUCUCUGGAAUUUUUUACUAAGUUUGCUCAGAGAAGAGGUCUGCAGCAGAAAGGUGGAAGCCCUAACGUUGAAGCUGCUGCUAAAGUGCUGUGGUCUGAAUGGACAGGUGCCUCAUUAGGUUAUUAUUGCCGCCCCCCUGCAUCCUGGACUCCUCCUUCAUAUGUUAAUGAGAGUGUAACGGCAAACAUGAAGAGGGGCCUUAAUCUAGAAGAACUAGAAAAGAGUAAUUUGUGCAGCAUACAAGUCAUCAGGAGCCCUCACUUAGCCAAUAGCAUCCCUUUCCAAUCUUCUGGCAUGACAAAUGGAAUAAUAGAGGAAAAGGAUAUACCUGAAGAAUUGCCAAGGCAGAGAACAUGCAAACAAAAGGGGGGUGACGAUGACAAUGACAUUGUCAGUGACCAACAAAGUGCUGAUGGUGAACAAGCUGAUGCAGAGAUCUCAGACAUGGUCCCUAUAGAGGAGACAAGGGAGCCAGUGCCUGAGGAAUCUACAACAGGUGCAGCAUGUGCUGUAUCUUUAGUCUUGGAUCAAAUGCCUAAACUGGAUGAUGAUGCUUACGACUUCAACACAGACUUCUAAAAGUUCACAUUUCAAGAGACUGGAAGUGUUCUCUGGGUAUCAUGUACCAGUUUGAAUGACGUAAACUAUAAACCUUGUGUAUAUGUACCAUGAUGUAUACAUUAAAGAAAAAAUAGAAACUGUGUA